CAUCUAAACAAAGGCCUGCCCCCUUUUUUUCACGAGGAUUUCUCUACCGCCAUCGUUACUUUAGUGUAAUUACGAUUACUAAAUCGGAUUACGAUACUUCUGUUAUAUUUCAACACGUCAGUAGUUGAAAAGAUAACGUCCGAAAUGGAUGAGGUUCAUCACGAAGCCAGUGGCGAGACCAAAUCGGCCAUUAAUACUUGGCGUUAUCGCCACCAUUUCACGUACAAGGCAGAUCAAGGGAAAAAUAUCAUCGUCCAAUGUAAUCUGUGUUUGCCGAGGGUUAAUCUGCUGUCCACGUCGAAAACAUCCACAUCAAACCUGAAGAAGCAUUUAGACAGAACACACUUGGGCUGUGAAGCCAGGCCUGAUGCAAAGAGAGGGAGAAAGAAAGAAGAGUUCAAUGGAGAAGAAAGUAGACACUUCCAGCUCAAAAAGCUUAAAGCAGAGAUCAUGUCCAAAUGCCUGACCCAGUCAAAGAUUGAUGAGCUCAUCUUCAGCUUCAUUGUGGAGGAUUGUCAGUCGUUUUAUCUACUGGAGCAGCCUGGUUUCAAGAAGCUGAUUGCAGGGUUGACUGAAGGGUUAAAGGCUAUGGACAGGGUGACCCUGUUUACCAAAGUGGACCAGGGUUUCUCCAGGAUGCGGGAAGAGCUGAUGGCUAAACUCAGUAAUGUCCAGUAUGUGUGCACCACGGCAGACAUCUGGACAGCCAACAGCAGAAGCUUCUUUGGGAUGACAUGUCACUGGAUCGAUGCAGAGUCUUUGGAGAGGAAGUCUGCUGCUCUGGGGUUUCCACGGCUGCAGGGUCAGAUCACAUAUGAUACCAUCGCUGGGCGGAUACAUGAGAUCCAUGUGGCGUACAAUAUUGAAAGUAAAGUCCAAACCACAUGCACUGACAAUGGCAGCCCCUUUAUCAGCGUGUUCAGAGAGUUUGCAGUGGACAACCAGGAGAGUGACGACGACAUUGGGUUCUACGACAAUGUGAGCGGUGUUCUUGAGGUUGAGCAAGAGCAGGACAUGCUCCUGUUUCUCCCCUCUGUACAGCGCUGUGCGUCACACAUCCUGGAUCAGAUUGUCACUGAAGACUUUUGGCAGGCCAUGUCACAGGGGCCCAUGUGCCAGCUACAUUACAGUUCAAUGGCCAAGGUGUUUUCCAUUUGGAGCAAAUGCCAUCAUCUCCAGGUCGGAAUGGACGCUGCAGAGGAGAUAGGAAAGAUGCCGCUUGUCGUCCCCUCCGUUAUACGUUGGAAUGUUGAGUACUGUGCUGUGCAGAAGAUCGUGUCUCUCAGUGAGCGUGAGCUGACAGAGCUCUGCGCCCGCCUGGAGGUGGGGCACCUGCAGCCAGAGGAGAUGGCCUUCCUAAAAGAAUAUGUGACUGUGUUCCACCCUCUAGCGUUUGCACUCGAACUUUUCCAAGCAGAGCAGAAAUGCUACCUGGGUUUGGUCAUCCCCACUGUUCUAAGUUUGAAGAACAAGUUAAAAGAGCAGAAAGACACAGCCAGUUUCUUCAAUGACGUCAUCAACAGCAUUGUAAUAGCUAUUGAUGUGCGGUUCCAGGAACUGUUCGCCAGCACAGAAGCAAAGAUUGCAACAGCAACGACUCCUCAGUUUCGCCUGUGGUGGAUGGCGGCAUCUGAGAGAGAGGAGAUGUGCUCCCUGCUGGCCACCGAGGCAUCCCAGAUGGAUCCCUGUAACGUAACAGAGGCCAACACCAGUCGCAAUCUGUCCACCAUUAAAUCAGAGGAUGACUUUUUCAGCUAUGGAUCUGCAAAGACCUCCACUCAGAUCCAGCAAUGGGGAGUGAUGGAGGAAAUCCGCAAGUAUGUGGAAGGAACAGGGAAGAGCCUCGAGUGCCUGCAGGACUUCCCCAGAGUGAAGCAGCUUUUUUUAAAGUACAACACCACCCUGCCAUCCACGGCCCCCGUCCAGCGUCUCUUCAGCCAGAAAGGAAACCUGGUCACGUCACAGAGAAACUUUCUGACUGACGAUUACUUUGAACGCAUUCAGCUUUUGAGAUACAACAGUAACGUGUGUUCUUUGACAACAGAGUGAUUACAUCACUAGGGACUUUUUCUCUCUCAGCCUUUAAACAGAUGCAGAAUGAAACCAUAAUGUGCUAAAAUCAUCAGAGGAAAACCCUGAGUAUUCUCUCAUUUCAGGCACUUUAGCCAAGAUGUUUUUCUAUUAUCCCCCAUUCAUUUUUUGAUUGGCAUAACAUGCGUCUGUCACUCCAGAAUAGCCUAAUGAAAAUAUCUGAUUGACAAUCACAAUGAAAGAAGUGACAAAAGCAUCUUUUUUAUCUCUAUUACCGUGAUGUGAAAUAGCCAAAAGGUUUAAAUGAAGUGACUUUUAUCUCAGUUAUGCUAAUUUGUUCAGUGAGAAUGCACCUCUUGUCUGUAUGUUUUUUUUUAUCAUUUAUAUAUAUAUAUAGAUAUAUAUAUAUAUAA